AUGACCGCCUCGUCCUUGCAGAUCCACCUGGAUCCCAACCUCACCGCUACUGGCUACGUCAUCGAUGUGACCAUCAAGGUCACCAUCCACAACACGAGCAACACCCCCAUCACCUUUCUCAACUGGUCCACUCCGAUGGAUCCGAACGCGGACAUCCUCGGCGUGUUUGACAUCCACGACGCAGACACUGGCGAAAUCGUCCACAUCCCCACCAUUGAAAUGUCGCGUCGCAGUCUCCCCUUCAUCGACGACCUGGUCGAAGUCCCGGCCACCGGCAUGGUCGAAGCAUACGUCGAAUUGCCGCGCGUUCCGCUCUUCCACGGCCACCGCUACACCAUCCAAGCCCAGGGCUCCUGGCAUGCAUUGUGGAAGGGUCCGAUCGACCGAGUGACCAACCACCAUCUGGAGAAUCUGAGCGAAGCCGAACAAGGCGAGUUUGAAUCGGAGGUCGGAUGGCUGGUUCUGGAUUGA